AUGGCCAUAUCUCAUCCCAUACAACCAUCGCAAUGGGCGGGGAGUCGUGAUAUCAAUGAUGCGAACACGCAAGACGCGCGUACGCCCUAUGAUGAAGCAAGAACCCUUUCGUCUCUCGAGUCAGCACGGGCCAAAUUCAAAUUGUCGAACUCAAUCAAUAGUGACCCAGCCAUUGAGGGGGAAGAACUCGACAACUCGUAUACCCCAGGUGACGAUGUGCCCACCAAACCAGUUGUAUCAGUCCUGAUCCCAGUCUCACACAUCUCGGUCAACCCACAUGAAGUCUACGGCUAUGACGAUGAACUUGAAAGUGAUCCCAUCAAUGUGGUCGAGGUGACGAACAAGAAAUAUGGCCAAAUGCUGGGCCACCCAAAAACACCAUAUGAUGCGAUUCAUGGAUACGAGUCUGAAUUCUACUCGGCUUCGACACCAAGAUAUUCGUCCGGCCACUACAUUUCGUUUCUCUCUUAUCGAGUUUCCAUCCCUCUUAUGAAAUUCUUCCCGGCAGCUUUCCCAGCAUUCCCGCUCCCCGGUAUAUUUACGGCAAUUAUUGUUCUUCUCGCGUUGGUGUGGAUUGCGAUUUUUACGAUUGGGUUGGUUGAGUUUGGGAAUUAUUUGUGGAACGGAUAUGAUGAGGCGGAUGAGACAGGACACCGCACCGUUGAAGAUGGAUUAGAGGAUGACAGUGAAGAAUAUGAACUUUCUGAACAUGGUGAAAUGUCAAAAUUACCUCUACAUCCGGUCGGAUUCCCUAUGCCUGUGGCAGAGGGCCCCGAUGACGAAGGUUCGCUUUUGAUGUCAAACACCUCGGACUCGGAAUCAGAAUCGGGGAUCGAUAAUUAUCGAGUCAUUUGA